UUAUAUUUUCAAGAAAUUUUUUUUUUUUUUUUGAUUCAAGAAAACCAAAAAUUCACACAUCAAACUUGAAUUCUGGAAUCGACCGAAAUUUUCUACUACAUCCACAAUUAUAUGUCCGUUUUGAGUUUCAUCAUCAUUAUUUAAUGAAUCAUCAAAUGAUAUUAUUAUGUUGACAUAAUGCCAUUUAGUAUUAAAAGAUUUGCUCAGCUUCAUCGUAGCCAUUCACUUACGCAACAGCAGCAGCAGCAGCAACAACAACAACAAUCGAAAAAAGGAUCAUCUAUAAAACAACAACAACAACAACAAUCAAAAGAUAGUGGUGGAAAAUUAUCCUCUAUACCGGAUAAUGAAAAUCUUUCACCAUCUAUUUCUACUCCAGUUACUAGCACAACAUUAUCAUUAUCAUCGAAAAAAGCAACGACAAAGAAAUCUAAACCAUCAACAUUGAAACAUCAAUCAUCGAUCAUUGUUGAUGAUCAUAAUAAUAAUAAUAAUAAUAGUAACAACACAUCAUAA